CGGUUGGUACCUGGGCUCGGGGUGCGCUUGCGCGCGGGGACUCUCCGCCGCUCCAGACAUGGCGGAGCUGAGGCACGAGCUGCUGCGGUUACCCGCCGCCUGGUCUCACGGUGUCACCCGGGGCGGACGGGUGUUCUUCCUCAAUGAGGAGGCUCAGAGCACCACUUGGCUCCAUCCCGCCACGGGCCAGGCCGUCAUCAGCGGCCACAGGACAGCGCCAGAUUUACCGACCGGCUGGGAGGAAGGCUACUCGUUUGAAGGGGCCAGAUAUUACAUUAAUCAUAAUGAGCGGAAAGUAACCUGCAAACAUCCGGUGACAGGACUUACAUCACAGGAAAACUGCAUAUUUGUCAUGAAUGAAGAGGCUGCUGCAACAAUGGCUUCUCAAGAAAGAAAAGAGCGACCAGUGAGUGUGGUGAGUGAGGUUUCAAACUACACGAUGGCAUCAGAAAUGACACUGGUUCCAAUGAGCCCUGUGGGCAGGUCAUCAAGAUCUUCAAAGAAAAUUCACAAUUUUGGCAAAAGGUCAAACUCUAUUAAAAGGAAUGCUAAUGCACCGGUUAUAAAACGUGGCUGGCUAUACAAACAGGAUAGUACUGGUAUGAAACUCUGGAAGAAACGAUGGUUUGUGCUUGCAGAUCUGUGCUUGUUCUAUUACAGAGAUGAUAAAGAAGAAGGUAUUCUGGGGAGUAUUCUUCUGCCGAGUUUUAAGAUCGGGCCAGUUUCACCUGAAGAUCAUAUAAACCGAAAAUAUGCAUUCAAGGCUGCUCAUCCAAAUAUGCGGACUUAUUACUUCUACACGGAUACAGUCAAGGAAAUGGAGUCCUGGAUGAAGGUUAUGAUUGAAGCUGCCCUUGUUCAAACCGAGCCUGUGAAGAGGAUUGAAAAAGUAAAAUCUGAAAAUUUGCCGCCACAAGAGGCUAAUAACCAUAUUGUAAAUCACAAAAUGUUAAUGAAACCUGAAGCUCCGAACCAGAAAAAUAAAGAUCCCACUUUAAGUCUCCAGACGAUAGACAAUAGUAACCUUGGUCACGCUGACAAAUAUGGUUUUGACAAAGACAGACUGGACAAGCCUUUGACUAAGAUUAAUAGCAUCAAUUUGCACUCAACCAAAUUAGAGAGUCCAAAUGUGAUGUCAAGCAAAGGUACAAGCAGCGUGCAGGCUGGACAGUACAAACCUAUUCGUGUGAACAGUUCAACAAGUUCUGCGACUAGUCCAGCUGGUGCUAUCAGUGCACCUAUGGAUGAUACAGAUGCAGGAAGAGAGAUGCUCGUUUUCCAAAACAGCAAUGGAAGGGGAAUGCAGAGGACUAAUUCUAUGGUACAACUGGAGCAAUGGGUGCGAACGCAGAAAGAGAGGGGACAAGAGGAUGAACCUAGAAGCAUCACCUGCUACCAAACUCUUCCAAGAAACAUGCCCAGUUACCGAGCUCAGGCCAUGCCACGUUACAGAACGAUGCCUCGUCACAGCACAGCAAGACCAGAGAGUAUCUGUACAUUAUCGUCUUCCUCAUACGACAGGGUACUUGGGCCACGAUCGGCGGAUGACAAACGGAGGUCGAUGCGAGACGACACCAUGUGGCAGCUGUACGAAUGGCAACAGCGACAGGUCUACCAGAGGCAGGGAACACUGCCGAGGCACGGUACCCUGAGUACCCCAGUCACCAUGGUGAAUAUCGUCGAACAAUCACACUCUAUUCCAGCAUCACCUUCGCACGGGUCACUCGUUCCCUACCAGGUGUACUCCCCCUUAAAAUCCUACGACACGGCAUCAAGGUCAGAAUUAUCAUCGCCCAUUUUAAGAGGCGACAUGACAAUUGACUCCAGUCAAUCAAGACGGCACAGGACGCCCGUCAAUAGGUUUGUCUAUCCACCAAACAGAAGAUCAAUGCCUGCCGGCCUACCUGGACAAAAUGUUAAUCCUGAAAAUUUACAAGGUAAAACGCCAGAGGAGCUGACUCUGCUCCUUAUCAAGCUGAGACGGCAACAAGCAGAACUGAACAGCAUCCGGGAACACACAUUAGCACAGCUCGUGCAGCUGAAUCUCAGUGACGCAAACCCAAAGAAUGAUAUCCUCUCUCAUCACCUUCAAAGAAACCUCAUGUAUUUGGACUACCAGAUGAAAGAAAAUGAACCUUUAAUCGCCACGGUUCACACUAUGAUUGAGAACUCGGCACCAAGGCCUCAAGUAUACAAGCAAAUGGCUCAGCACGAGGAUUGCAGAGAAGCCUUGUACAACUACGGAACCGAAGAUCUGGAUAUUGAUGCUAAACUUAGCCAACUAUGUGAGCAGGGUAAGGUGGUUCAUGAACAAGAGGAAAAAUUGCAACAACUGCACAAGGAAAAGCAUACUCUAGAGCAAGCAUUACUUGCAGCGAGUCAGGAGAUCGAGAUGAAUCCAGAUAAGCCAAAUGUGGUCCAAAGCGUCGCCAUCCAGAGAGAUGUCUUACAGAAUGGGUUGCUCAGCACUUGUCGGGAGGUGUCGAGGGCAACUACAGAACUGGAAAGGGGGUGGAGCGAGUACGAUAAAUUAGAGUAUGAUGUUACUUAUGCACAAAAUCAGUUAAAAGAGCAGUUGGACAGACUUGAAGGAAUUGAGACUGAGUUAACUGCACAACAACAUGCUCAAAUCCAAAAAGAGCUGUGGCGAAUUCAAGAUGUAAUGGAAGGACUGAAUAAAAACAAACAGCAAAGAAGUUCCCUUGACCCAAGUGGAAAUACAGAUGGUUAUGAGCCACUGUCUGAUUCUUUCUCUGUGCUGAAGUACAGGAAUGAGGAAGAGGGAGCAGCCCCUCCUCGUCCUCCUCUCCCCCACUUAUAUGACUUGACAGAGAUGGCUCCCACAGUUCCCCCUCUUCCCAGUGAGAGCAGCCUCUGGCCCUAUUCUGCUGGAGAGCUGGUACAUCCACCAGAUGAAACGAAGACUGAACUUGAACAGGAAUAUCCAAAUAAUGAAGCGUAUUCUGGCCCUGAUUAUCGACUUUACAAGAGUGAACCAGAGCUUACAACAGUCACAGAAGUUGAUGAGUCAAAUGUGGAUGAAAAGUCAGAAGGUGUUAUUGAUAAAGAAAGUGGAACAUCUAAAGGUAUGUCUUUUCCAGUCGGUAUAGUUCCUCCUCGAACCAAAUCACCAAUGCCUGAAUCUGCCACUAUUGCUUCUUAUGUUACAUUAAGGAAACACAGAAAGAUGGAUGGAACCACUCCUUAUAUGGAGAGGCCAAAAAGUGCAGUGGACCAGCUUUUCCUUGCAGAAAGUCCACGUCCUCGAAUGAGCAUAGAGGAGCAACUUGAAAGAAUAAAACGUCACCAGCAAGCUUCUCUGAAAGAGAAAAGGAAAGGAUUGAAUUUGAUAGCAGUGCAAGAUCAGUCACCAUCCAGGAGUCAGUCGAGAGAAAAUUUCCAGGCCAAACCAACUAACCCCGCAGAGAAGUAUUCUGUUCGCAGAAGCAGAACAGUAGAAUGUAAUAUCAAGGAGCUGGAAGCUGCAGUUCGAGAAGAUGAUUCUGAACAACCUCGAGAAACUGCGGCAGAAGAAAUAGCCCGUUUAAAAGAAGAGGAUGCUGAGCCAGAUCAGUAUAAGGUGCACGCCGACAAAGAGAUUUCAAAACGGGGUCAUAUUCUCAAGUUUCAAAGGUGCAUAGAGGAUGAAUCUGAAAUAUCAGAUCCCAAUGAAACUCCAAAGAAGGAGCAGAAUGUUGACAGAAUUAAAGACAGCAUUGACAAAAACAGCCUACAGAGUGUUAUCCCAGUCACCAACCACAAAACUGAGAACAGUGUGGAGGAGGAUGAUGUUCAGGAGCAAGACAAGAUUAAUAUUUCAUAUGAAUUAGCCACAGAGGCAACAAAAAGAAGCAUCUUUGCAGCAGCUCCGAUGCUAGCCACAGGUAAUUCUUUCUCGUCGACACAAGGCUGAGGGUUGAAGACAUUUCACAACGUUUGGAAGUACUGUGGGACUACAGGCAAAAGCCAGCUACUGUAUAUGGAAAUGGAGUGCACCAGAGCACAAGAAUUCACACAAGUGCUGGCAGCAACACUUGACUCACACUAUUAAAACACUCCUUAUAGGAAAUACCUUUAUGUUGGAUACAAUGCCGAUAUUUAAAAAUUGUGUAUUUCGGGAGAGUGAUUGCUCCAUGGCAGUUUUUUUUAAAAAAUUACUCUUUUUAAGUUCAUAUGUAAAGAAAUCACGGUACAUUAGCAUAAUAUGACAAUUAGGGUUUUAUUUUUGUUUAAUGAAUAUUUGUCAGUAUUUUGCUUGUAGUUUGAAUUCUUUUAUUUUACGCCUGCAUUUUAGUUCAAUCAGUAACUGUGACCCUAUCUUUCGUGAAAGAGUUCACUAAUGUUUUAUGUAUACAAUAGGAUUUGGCUUUCAAUUUGUUUUCUUACUACAUUCGAUGAACAUAGUGCCAUUGUAUUGGCACAAAUUAUUGCUGUUACUUAGUAAAUUCUGCUGUAACUAUUUAUACUUUAUGUUGUAAUGUCUGCAGUUAUCGCCAGACUGCUCUCAGCACAUAUAAGAAUGUCACUAUGUACAGUAGUUUCCUACAUUUCCUGCCCUAAGCAAACUUUUCAUAAGGCUUUGUGCAGCAUUUCGAUGCAACUCCACUCUAGCCAAGUGCAAAGCAAUAUGUAGAGGGCUACAUAUCCCGUACCCCAUUGCGUGUACAAAAUGUAAUUAUGUUCAUUGUGUACAUAGCAUACAAUGAGCAGAGCCUGUAAUUAUGAUGCAACUUACAAUUGUUAAUAUGCAAUGUUCAUAUCAUGUUCUGUUUUAUAUCAUGUUAUAAUAAAUGGUAAUGUUAUUUUGGUGGUGGUAUUUUAAUAUGCAUUUAUUGCUGAUACAUAGUGACGAAAAAGACCUAAGGAAACGUGUUUACUUGUAUUGUAAUGUUGAGGUUUGAAAGUUGAUUUUUGACUAUUCAUGAAUAUUAAAAAGCUUUUUCAUUAAA